AUGUCACCUAGUUUUGAUUUUGCAAUAUCAAGUUUACUUUGUGCAGAAGAGAAUGAUAGCAUUUCUUAUGAUGAUGGUGAAAAUGAUUUUGGGGAUGUUGAUGAUAAUAUGGGGUUUGAUUGGCAAAGACAAAAUGAUAAUCUAAAUCAAGACUUUGUUAUUAAAACAGAGUAUUACUCUGUUUUUGACUUGCAAAAUGAUGAAAGUUUGACUUUAUUGACUGAAAAAGAAUCUGAAAUGUUUGUGGGUUUUGUUGAUUAUUUGAGUAAAUUGAAGAAUCAUAACUUGUUUUUGGUUGCUAGACAAGAAGCUGUUGAUUGGAUUUCCAAGGCAUACAGUCGUUUCAAUUUUGGACCAUUAUGUGCAUAUCUUUCUGUAAACUACUUAGACAGAUUUCUUGCUGUCUAUGAAUUACCUAAUGACAAACCUUGGAUGAUCCAGUUGCUAGCAGUAACAUGUUUAUCACUUGGUGCGAAAAUGGAAGAAAAUGAAAUGCCAACAAUUAUGGAUUUGCAGGAUAGUGAAUCAAGAUAUGUAUUUGAGGCAAAAACUAUCCAAAGAAUGGAAUUGAUGGUUUUAGGGACAUUAAAAUGGAGAAUGCAAUCAGUGACUCCUUUUUCUUUCAUUGAUUCAUUUAUUGGGAAACUUAAUGAUUAUGAUGAUGGUCAAAGUCAAACCAUUUCAAGAUCUUUGAUCUUUAAAGCUACCCAACUCAUUUUAAGUCUAAUCAAAGGAAUUGACUUCUUGGAAUAUCAACCAUCUGAAAUAGCAGCAGCAGUGGCAUUGUUUGUAGUUGGAAUUGAGGAUGACAAGACUAAAAUUUCAUCAAUUUGUGAACAUGCAAAAAAGGAAAAGGUUGUUAAAUGUAUGGAAGUUGUUAAAAAAGGUUGUGACAUGAGCUUUGAGAGUGGUACAAUGACCUCAUUGCCUGAUAGUCCAAUAGGUGUGUUGGAGGCUGCAAUGCUAAGCUAUAAAACUGAUGAUUCACCUACUUGUCUCAAAAAGAGAAGGCUAAACAACCAUGGCCUUUGAAAAAUACCCCAAAAAAUAUGGAUGCAAAUAAAUUUGCUUGGAUUUUAUUUUUCUAAUUUUUGCUAGGAUGGUAUGCUUUUGGUAUGGUUGGAAAAAUGUCAAAAUUCCCAUCAAAAAAGUACAAAAAACAAAUGUUAUAAUAAAAUAGUAUAUGGGUAGUAGUAAUUAGUGGUAUUAUGGAAGAAAAAGAGUUGUGAGCUCUUUAUUUAUGACAACUAUUUAAAGCAAGGAGAGUAGAUGUGGAAAAAUAUAUGGAUAAGGAAAUAUAUACAUUAAAUUUUGUUCUUUUAGU